GCUUGUUGCGAGAGAGAGAGAGAGAGAGAGAGAGAGAGAGAGAAGGGCAAGGCGAAAUCCCGCCCCGACCCUUGGUGCGCACUCGCAGCGGAAGGAAGAGGAGGGGAUCCAAGGAGGCACCCCGGGCGCAGCUGGACCCCAUCUGCUUGGCCUCCUUCUCUUCUUCCUCCUCCAGGACCGGGUUGAAGGCAAAGAGAGAAAGAGAAGAGACAGAGAGAGAGAAGAGAGCCUCUUCCACAUUCUCUCCUGGCGGCGGCGCCCUUCCUCGCCCAAGCCGACCGAGGAGGGAACAUGGCGACAGGAGGAUCUCCUCCUCUGCUUCCCAAAGCCGCUCGGAUGCUGCCGCUUCUUCUCCUCCUUCUGCUGCUGCUUCUUGCAGGGAAUCCCAUCCCGGUCUCUUCCUUCUCCUCCACCUUGUCCCAGAAGAGCCUCCUUCCUCCCUCCCGGCCCCAGGACCAGGGCUUUGCGGUGCUGCAAACCCAGGAGGAGAAAGGGUCCUGGGGAGAGGAGCUGCGCCGCAAGAGGAGCGCACGACCCGCCGAGGAGGAGGAGGAGGAAGAAGAACACCAAGGAGGAGGAGAGGAUGGUGAUGGUGAUGGGGAAGAGGAGCAGCCCCCGCCCCCGCAGGAGCCCAUCCAGGUGUAUGGACAGGUUAGCCUGAAUGAUUCACACAACCAGAUGGUGGUCCAUUGGGCCGGAGAGAAGAGCAAUGUGAUUGUGGCUCUGGCUCGGGAUAGUUUAGCCUUGAUGGGUCCCAAGUUAAGCGACGUUUAUGUGUCUUAUGACUAUGGGAAGACGUUUAAGAAGAUAACGGAGAAAUUCAACUUCGGUCCAGGAAAUACUAGCCAAGCGGUCAUUGCUCAGUUCUAUCACAGCCCAGCUGACAACAAAAGGUAUAUUUUCGUCGAUGCCUUCACACAAUACCUUUGGCUCACGACUGACUUCUGCAAGACCAUUCAGGGCUUCUCGAUCCCUUUCAAAGUCUCAGACCUCCUUUUGCACAGCCGCUUCCCGAACCUCGUCUUGGGCUUCGAUAAGUCCCAUCCCAACAAACAGGUGAGUCUCUCUCCUUGGUUUGGUUUCAGCCAAGAAGAAGCGAGGAUUGCCUUACCUCGAGACCUCUAUGGAUGCUUAUGGUUUGGAUCUUUCCUUUUUUUGCAGCAUCUUUUCGGUUCGCAGCAACAGACCUCCGUCCAGCUGUGGGUCUCCUUCAACCGCAAGCCGAUGCAAGCAGCCCAGUUUGUGACCAAGCAUCCUAUUAAGGAAUACUACAUUGCGGACACAUCCGAAGACCAGGUGUUUGUGUGUGUCAGUCACAGUAACAACAGCACCAACCUCUAUAUCUCAGAAGCAGAAGGCCUAAGAUUUUCACUGACUUUGGAGAAUAUCCUCUAUUACAGCCCGGGAGGAGUCGGAAGUGACACUUUGGUCAGAUACUUUGCGAACGAGCCCUUUGCGGACUUCCACCGGGUCGAGGGGGUGCCGGGCGUCUAUAUCGCCACCUUGAUCAACGGCUUGUUCAGCGAGGAGAACAUGCGCUCCGUCAUCACCUUCGACAAAGGUGGGACUUGGGAAUUUCUCCAGCCUCCAGAGUUUACUCGCUACGGCGAAAAGAUUAAUUGUGAGCUUUCCAAGGGCUGCUCCCUUCACUUGGCACAGCGGCUGAGUCAGCUCCUCAACUUCCAGUUGCGCCGGAUGCCCAUCUUGUCCAAAGAGUCUGCUCCGGGACUGAUCAUUGCAACAGGUUCUGUGGGGAAGAACAUGGCGAGCAAAAUGAGUGUGUACAUCUCAAGCAGCGCCGGUGUCCGGUGGAAAGAGGUCUUGUCUGGACCCCACUAUUAUUCUUGGGCUGACCAUGGCGGGAUCAUCAUGGCAGUGACUCAAGGCACAGAGACAAACCAGCUCAAGUACAGCACAAAUGAAGGAGAGACCUGGAAGACAUUUACCUUCUCAGAGAAACCAGUCUUUGUUUAUGGCCUUCUGACAGAACCUGGUGAAAAAAGCACAAUUUUCACCAUCUUUGGCUCCUACAAAGAGAAUGGGCACAGCUGGCUUAUCUUGCAGAUCAAUACCACUGAUGUGCUGGGAGUGCCUUGCACGGAAAACGAUUACAAACUCUGGUCUCCGUCUGAUGAACGAGGCAACGAAUGCCUUUUGGGGCACAAAACGGUCUUCAAAAGACGAACUCCUCACGCAACAUGUUUCAACGGGGAAGAUUUUGAUCGGCCGGUCAUGGUCUCCAAUUGUUCUUGCACCCGAGAAGACUAUGAGUGCGAUUUCGGCUUCAAGCUGAGCGAAGACCUGUCACUAGAGGUUUGUGUCCCAGAUCCUGAAUUUGCUGGCAAGCCUUAUUCUCCUCCUGUGCCGUGUCCGGUUGGCUCGACUUACAAGAAGACUAAAGGGUAUCGCAAGGUAUCUGGAGACACUUGCUCAGGGGGUGACAUUGAGGCCCGACUGGAAGGGGAAUCCGUCCCAUGUCCUUUAGCAGAGGAGAACGAAUUCAUUCUCUACACCACACGGUACUCCAUCCAUCGCUAUGACCUGUCCUCUGGUAUCAGCGAAGAGUUGCCUUUGACGGGGUUGCGUGGAGCCAUGGCCCUUGACUUUGACUAUGAGCACAAUUGCUUGUAUUGGGCAGAUGUGACGCUGGACAUCAUUCAGCGUUUGUGUCUAAAUGGAAGUUCUGGGCAGGAAAUUCUCAUCAGCACAGGACUGGAGACAGUCGAAGCAUUGGCUUUUGAACCUAUCAGUCAACUACUUUACUGGGUGAAUGCUGGCAUUCCUAAAAUUGAGGUUGCCAACCCAGAUGGAGACUUGAGACUUACGGUUUUGAAUUCCUCUGUGCUCCAGCGGCCACGAGCCUUGACCCUGGUACCCAAAGAAGGGCUGAUGUUUUGGACCGACUGGGGAGAUUCCAAGCCUGGCAUUUACCGCAGCGAAAUGGAUGGCUCUUCUCCGACUUGCAUCGUCUCCGAAGGAGUGAGGUGGCCCAAUGGCAUUUCUGUGGACGACCGAUGGAUCUACUGGACAGAGGCGUACAUGGACAGGAUCGAGCGCGUUGACUUCAGUGGCAUGCAGAGAUCGGUUAUCCUGGAUAGUCUGCCCCAUCCUUACGCUAUUGCUGUUUUUAAGAAUGAAAUCUAUUGGAAUGACUGGUCCCAGCUGAGCAUUUUCCGAGCCUCAAAGCACAGUGGUUCCAGAAUGGAGACGUUGGUUGACCAUCUCAAUGGUGUGAUGGAUAUGAAGAUCUUCUAUCGUGGAAAGACAUCAGGGCAGAACGCGUGUGUGGCCAAGCCCUGCAGCCUCCUCUGCCUUCCAAAACUGAACAACAGCCGAAGCUGCAAGUGUCCUGAAGGCGUCUCCAGCCAUGUUCUCUCAUCAGGAGAGGUGAAGUGUGAUUGCCCACCAGGAUAUCUCUUGAAGAAUAGUACCUGCGUAAAAGAAGACAACACCUGCCUCCCCAGCCAGUACAGGUGCUCCAAUGGGAAUUGCAUCAACAGCAUUUGGCAGUGUGACAACGACAACGACUGUGGGGACAUGAGCGAUGAGAAGAACUGCCCAACAACCAUGUGUGAUGCUGACACUCAGUUCCGUUGCCACGAGUCGGGGACUUGUGUCCCGUUGUCUUACAAGUGUGACUUGGAGGAUGACUGCGGGGACAACAGUGAUGAGAGCCACUGUGAGGCGCACCAGUGCCGAAGCGAUGAGUUCAGCUGCAACUCAGGGAUGUGUGUUCGCCUUUCCUGGAAGUGCGAUGGCGAUAAUGAUUGCAGGGAUUGGUCAGAUGAAGCCAACUGCACAGCAGUAUACCACACCUGUGAAACCUCCAGUUUCCAGUGUCACAAUGGGCACUGCAUCCCCCAGAGAUGGGCAUGUGAUGGAGACGCUGACUGCCAGGAUGGAUCAGAUGAGGAUCCCACCAACUGUGAGACAAAGUGCAAUGGCUUCCAGUGCCCAAAUGGUACAUGCAUCCCUUCCAGCAAGCGAUGUAAUGGUGCCCAUGACUGUUCUGAUGGCUCUGAUGAACAGCAUUGUGAGCCCCUCUGUACCCGCUACAUGGAUUUCGUGUGUAAGAACCGGCAACAGUGUUUGCUGCGGUCCAUGGUGUGUGAUGGCACUGUGCAUUGUCGAGAUGGCUCAGACGAAGACCCUUCCUACGCCGGGUGCUCUCAAGACCCUGAGUUCCACCACACCUGCGACCAGUUUAGCUUCCAGUGUCAAAACGGCGUGUGCAUCAGUUUGGUGUGGAAAUGUGAUGGCAUGGAUGACUGCGGGGACUACUCGGAUGAGGCAAACUGUGAGAACCCAACCGAGGCUCCAAACUGCUCUCGAUACUACCAGUUCCAGUGUGACAAUGGACAUUGCAUCCCCAACCGGUGGAAAUGCGAUGAAGAGAAUGACUGUGGCGACUGGUCAGACGAGAAGGUGUGUGGAGGUUCAGCUCUUGUUCCAGUCACCACGCCAGCCCCAGCCACAUGUUCCCCCAACCACUUCCGAUGUAAUAGCGGCAUUUGCAUCACAAACAGCUGGGUGUGUGAUGGAUACCAGGAUUGUGCCGAUGGCUCCGAUGAGGAUGCGUGUCCUACCGCUCCGGUUGGUGCAACAUCCCCAUCGGCUGGCUCCCCUGGACGCUGCAGUCGGUUUGAGUUUGAGUGCCCGUCGAUGAAGAAAUGCAUCCCAAACUGGAAGCGCUGUGAUGGCUUGAAGGACUGCCAGGACGGCACGGAUGAGCUCAACUGCCCAACUCAUAGUACUCUCUUAUGCCCAAAUGGAUUUAAAUGUGAAGAUGGAGAAACUUGCAUCAUGAUGUCCGAACGGUGCGAUGGAUUCUUGGAUUGUUCGGAUAGCAGCGAUGAACGUAACUGUACCGAUGAUACCCUUGUCUAUAAAGUGCAGAACCUCCAGUGGACAGCUGAUUUCUCAGGCAACAUCUCUUUGACGUGGACUAGGCCCAAAAAGAUGCCUCUUGCCUCCUGUGUCUACACUAUUCAUUACAGGAUGGUUGGAGAAAGCAUCUGGAAGUCCUUAGAGACACACAGCAACAAAACCAACAGCAUCUUGAAAGUGCUGAAGCCGGACUCCACCUAUCAAGUCAAAGUUCAGGUCCAGUGUCUGAGCAAAGUGUACAACACCAAUGACUUCAUCACCUUGCGGACCCCAGAAGGACUACCAGACCCUCCACGCCAUCUUCAGUUGACGUUGAAGAGAGAAGCUGAAGGUGUUGUGGCUUGCCAGUGGGCACCACCAACAAAUGCCCAUGGCCUGAUAAGAGAAUAUGUUGUGGAAUACAGCAGGACUGGAUCCAAGGAAUGGUCCUCUGUGAGAGCCCCCAGCAAUUACUCAGAAGUGGAGAGGUUGCAGGUCAACUCCUUAUAUACGUUCAGAGUUGCUGCGGUAACUAGCCGUGGAGUGGGAAACUGGAGCGAUUCCAAAUCCAUACGGACCAUAAAAGGAAAAGCUAUCCCGCCACCUAUCAUCCAUAUUGAUGGUUACACUGAGAACUCCAUAAGCUUCACCCUUAAAAUGGAAAGUAGCAUUCAGGUAAAUGGAUACGUUGUGAAAAUCUUCUGGACUUUUGACGCACAUAGACAAGAGAAACUGUCCUUGAACAUUGAUGGGGGGAAGUCGGCACAAACAGUGAGUAACUUGACCGCUCAGACCCCGUACGAGAUUUCCGCCUGGGCCAAGACAGAACUGGGCGACAGCCCUCUGUCCUUCGCGCAUGUGGUGACCAGUGGUACAAAGCCAUCCCCUCCCAGUUUGAAAGCCAAAGCGGUCAACCAGACUGUGGUCGAGUGCACCUGGACUGGCCCAAGGAAUGUGGUAUAUGGCGUAUUUUAUGCCACAUCGUUCCUUGAGCUCUACAGGAAUCCUAAUAAUGCCACCACCACCCUGCACAACAUCACAGUUAUUGUCAACAGAGAUGAGCAAUAUUUAUUUCUGGUCCGUGUGGUUUCUCCGUACCAAGGACCGCCUUCGGACUACAUCGUGGUGAAGAUGAUUCCUGACAACCGUCUGCCCCCACGGCAUCUACAUGCGGUGCACCUGGCAAAAACAUUUGCUGUCAUUAAGUGGGAGUCACCAUACGAUUCGCCCGACCAAGAUAUGUUAUAUGCUGUAGCCGUUAAGGAUUUAGUAAGGAAGACAGACCGAACAUACAAGGUGAAAACCCGCAACAGCACUGUGGAAUACACCAUCAAGAAGUUGGAGCCUGGUGGGAAGUAUCAUAUCAUUGUUCAAUUGGGAAACAUGAGCAAGGAAGCCAGCUUGAAAAUCAAUACAGUUUCCUUGGCUGCUCCCGAUGCCUUAAAGAUUAUAGCAGAAAAUGACCAUAUCUUGUUGUUUUGGAAGAGUUUAGCUUUAAAAGAAACUCACUUUAGUGAAAGUCGGGGGUAUGAGAUACACUUGUUCGACAGUGUAACCAAUAGCACGACAUAUCUGGGAAACACCACUGAGAAUGUCUUCAAAGUUUCCAACCUGAAAUCAGGCCAUAAUUACUCAUUCACAGUGCAAGCCAGAUGUCUCUACAGUGGGCAGAUGUGUGGUGAGCCUGCAACACUCCUUUACAAUGAGCUAGGAGCUGAUAAAGAUCCUGCUGCAUCAACAAUGGGCAGUUCAACAGAUGUUGCUGCCAUCGUGGUCCCAAUAUUGUUCCUUUUGCUUGUGACUGUAGGGAUAGGGUUUGUCGUUUUGUAUAUGAGGCACCGAAGACUUCAGAAUAGCUUCACUGCUUUUGCCAACAGCCACUAUAGUUCCCGGCUUGGCUCUGCCAUAUUCUCAUCGGGUGACGAUUUAGGGGACGAAGAUGACGAAGCACCCAUGAUCACAGGUUUUUCAGACGACGUCCCCAUGGUGAUAGCAUGAAGUGCGUUUCUGACCCCAGAAACCAAAAUGGUGUAAAUAUUUUAUUUGAUAGAAAAAAACAAAACAGUCAACUGUUUAUUUUAAAACAAAAAAAAUGCACUUUUGAGUUGCAAUACGUUAUUUUUGUAUGGGCUGAAAAAACUGAUGAAGAAGAAAUAAUUAUUACACUUUGUAGUAUGCAGCUGUGAACUUUCAAACCAGGUUGAUUUAGAAAUGAAUAUAUGUUCUUGUUGGGUUUUUAAAAAAUAUUUUGUUUGAUUCCUUUUCAAACGUUUAAUUUAGUCUUACAAGGCUGUGCUUGCUGGGCAUGCUUUUAAGUCUGUGAGAUACAUAUAUGUCUUUUUCUGUUGACCAAAACUCUGAUCCUUGGAGAACUUGUGAAUGGUCAAUGACGGUCCCGUUCAUUAUAAUCGGAUGGAACUAGAUGCAACAAAAGACACAGAGCGGCCAAUAAGACAUUCUUAUGGAUCAGUGGUUCUCAACCUGUGAGUCUCCAGAUGUUUUGGCCUUCAGCUCCCAGAAAUCCUAACAGUUGGUAAACCAGCUGGAGUUUCUGGGAGUUGUAGGCCAAAACACCUGAGGAUCCACAGGUUGAGAACCACUGUUGUGGAUGGUCAAGGAUAGUCCUGCUGAUGUUGAUUUUAGUUCAUCAUUGCCAAAAGAAACUAGAUGUGACACAGAGUGGCCAAUAAGACAUCCUUAUGGAUGGUCAAAGGUAGUUCCAUUGAUGUUGAUUCUAGUUCAUACCAUAACCAGAUGAAAGUUGAUGUGACAGAGGGCACAGUGACCAUGAAGACAUAGGCAAACCUUUGACCUUCCUCUAGUCAUAUCAUAACCAGAUGAAAGUAGAUGUGACAGAAGCACAGUGACCAUUAAGACAUAGGCAAACAUUUGACCUUCCUCUAGUCAUAUCAUAACCAGAUGAAAGUAGAUGUGACAGAAGCACAGUGACCACUAAGACACAGGCAAACCUUUGACCUUCCUCUAGUCAUACACAAUGACAAGAGGUAUAAUGUUAUCCUGUUUUUUGCGGUCCCACUAUGCUGUUUUUUGGGGUCCCAUUAUGACACAGAUGGGCAAGUUUUAGGAAUGCAACAGAGUUGAGACAAAUGGCUUCUAUAGUGGUCAGUCCGUUCUGGAGUUUUGAUCUGAACAUGGUUAUAUGAGGUGUUGAACCUGUUUCAGGGACAAGCUUAAGCACUUGAUAGCUCUUCCCAAAAUUCAGACUAAAACACAGAGUGGAUUAAUCUCUGAACUGAUGUGGGAGCUACCACUUGCUCCUGCAUAGGAUGGUCCAAUUCCUUAUUUCCACCAUGCUUGCCAUUCCAGGCCCAACCUUCUGAGCUCUGUGGCUAAGUCCUCACUGGUCAACGUUGUCCACAAGGGAUGGUCCAUAUUCUCAGAGCUUGUUUCUCAGUCUAAGACUCAUCCCUCUUGUGUGAGAUCAUGUGUGGGAAGUCCACCUCAUGUGCCACAUACAGCUUAUAAACUCUACUCUUGCAGCUGUCUUAAAUGCUGAAGUUUUUGGACUACCUGAAAGUAGUCCAAAAGCAAAGAAAACAUGGUUGUUUAGCUGUCCCCAAUGCUCUUGAAAUGAUGAGUUUGGGGCUAACAGUUGUCCCAAGAUGAUGACUGGAUGUGAUGUCACUUCUAAUGUGCCCCAGUGUCAAAGACAACCUCUGUGUUCUCUGUUGCAUCAAGGUCCACCCAUGAAGAAGGCGAGAUGAGGAGGAAUGGGACAGUAUGGAAGUCUUGACCAUUGUUCUCCUGGGCAGACCUUUCCCUCAACCCCCAAUUGAUGCUGCUACAAACUUCUCUUCAUUUUCUGGGGGUCUUCCUUAAAUCCCUUUCAUGAGUCCCACAACUAGGAGAACCUGCUUUCUUGGGAUCAGAGUCUUAAAUUAGUGAUUUUUUUUUCUUCUUAAGAGAAAUUUUAUUUUGAAAAAAAUAUUCAGGAAAUACAAAUCUAUAUCUAUAUCUAUAUAUCUAUGAAGAGAGAUAAUAGUUCCUGAAGGUUUUACAUUGACUUAUUUGGAUAUUGUUUUAUAUGAGAGUUUUGUUUCUCUUUUAUUGAGUUAGUAGGGAAUCUGCUUUUGGUCAGAAUUCCAUAAUUCUCAGUCAUGUGCACACAUACGAUGUGGAGAAAUGUGCCACUUUCAUCUUCUGCAAAAAUAGUCAGGUUGUUCCUUUGGGUUUUUAAAAUUAUUAUUAUUUUGUGGUGUUCCUGUGCUUGAAUCAGGUAUUAAUGCCAUAGUAAAACAAACACACAAAAACCCCACAACAUUUUAUUUUUCUCUUUGAAUAAAUUUCAUGUGUUAUGAGAAUGCAAAACAAGGGGUGGUGUAGAGGGGUAGACUUAAUGUUUUGUGAAAUGGAGGGCCGAAAUACUUUUUGCAAAGCACUUAGCAUGCAUUCACAAAAAAGAAAAAAAAUCCCCAAAACAAGCGCACAAAAUUUCA